AUGGAGUCGGAAUCAAUCAAGGUGAUGAAUCAAGAUAUGGUCAAAUUGGACCGAUUCGACGGGAACAAUUUCUCUCGCUGGCAAGACAAGAUGAUGUUUCUUCUUACAGCAUUGAAGAUCUCCUACAUUCUCAACCCCAAUCUGCAGCCCAUAGAAGAUCCAAAACCAAGUGCAGACGGCAAACAACAACCUACUGAGGAAAUAGAAGAAAUCAAAAAGCAAAAGGCAAAACGGGAGGAAGAUGAAGUGUUGUGUCGCGGUCACAUUCUGAACACACUUUCGGACCGAUUAUAUGAUCUUUUCACAAGGUUAAAGUCGGCAAGGGAGAUCUGGAACGCACUGGAAUUUAAAUACAAAGCCGAGGAGGAAGGUACAAACAAGUAUUUAAUUGCAAAAUAUCUAGAAUAUAAAAUGGUUGAUGACAAGUCUGUCCUAGAGCAAGUUCAUGAAUUGGAGGUUCUGGUUAAUAAGAUUCAUGUUCUCAAAAUAGUUCUUUCAGAGUCUUUUCAAGUUGCUGCAAUUAUUGCAAAACUACCAUCAACUUGGAAAGAUUACUCGAAGAAACUAAUGCAUAAAACUGAGGAUAUCUCUUUGGAACAACUUCAGAAGAAUCUUAGAAUUGAAGAGGAGUCACGCAUACGUGAUUCGAAAAAUUCUGUCCAAAGUGAUUGUAAGGUCCACACUGUGGAAAAGAAUGAAUCUUCGGUAAAAAAAUGUGAACCUUCAAAAUGUCGUCACAGAAAAAAUAAUAAUGUAAAAUCAAAGGCUUCUGCAAAUAUGAUAGAAGAGAAUCUGGUCGCUAUGAUUUCUGAAAUCAAUAUGGCUUCUGUUAAGUCUGGAUGGUGGCUUGAUUCUGGAGCAACAAUCCACGUUUGCAAGGACAAAUCCUUGUUCAAAGGAUUUGAAGAAAUUUCAGAAAUUACAGAAGUGCAAAUGGGGAACAAUGCUUGUGCAAAGGUUGCUGGAAAGGGGACUGUUGAUAUAGAUUUUACUUCUGGAAAGAAAUUGACUCUUAUAAAUGUUUUGUAUGUACCCGAAGUUAGAAAAAACUUAGUUUCUGUUGAUCUUCUUUGUUAA